AUUCCGCAUGGUAUAUAUAUGACCAAAGUUCUUUGUGAUUGAAAUUGAUUUGUUCACAAAGCAGUAGAUCAUCCAAUCCAAACAAUCUCUCAAUCAUGAACGCAUCAAAAACAGCCCUCUUGGUGUUGGACAUUCAACCGGCAUGUCUGGCCAAGUUAAAUGAUGUCGAGAAGUUGAUAGACAAUACCAAAAAACUCGUAGAAGGUGCUCGUGCAAAAGGAAUCACCGUCAUUUUCGUUCGUGUUGCGUUUACAGAUGAGGAAUUUCAAAACAUUCCAUCUACAAAUAAGACCUUUUCUCGCUUCUCUAAAAUGGGUAUCAAGACACCAUCGCAAAUGGGCUUUCAUGCUGAUGAUGAAUCAGCACAGAUUCAUCCAGAUCUAGGUGGUGUACAACCAAACGAUAUCCAAAUUCGUAAGAUUCGACCUGGACCUUUCACAAAUACAGAUUUGCACCAACAAUUGCAAAAUCGCAAAAUCGACAAUUUAGUCAUUACCGGUGUUGCGACCGCUAAUGCAGUCUUGACUACAGUUCGUAACGGGAUGGAUUUGGAUUACGGUAUGAUUAUUGUGACAGAUGCAUGUGCUGAUCCUGAUCCAGAAUUGCACAACACAAUGAUCAAGACAUUCGAACGUGCAGCUGAAAUUCUGACAACCGAAGAGACACUUCAAAGAUUUUCCUCAGCACAAUAAUGUCAUAAUCGUACAUCCGUCUAUUACACAGUAUGUAUAUGGUAUUGUGAGCCGGUACAAAUACAAGUUAGAGGGAAUGCCGAACUCAAACUCCUUUGUCGUGAAGGACAGAAUACUUUAAGUCCAAGAUUCCUUCCUUGGUCUCCAAGAUUUCUCUAAUCUCACUUGGAGGUUCAUCGCCAAGUUUCUCCGCUCUUUCC